ACAGCACGUGGCACUAUGAGCCAUUAUAUGGGUGAUCACAGGUGGUUUCAUAUCACUUCUGUAUCCAAUACCCAACAAUAGAAGUACAUUUCAGAAGUCUUCUUUUCAGACCCAGAGGCUUUUCAUCACACUGACAACAUAGUAGCGCGAAUUGCUCUCAGAGAAGGCUGCGAUACCUGUGAGCAGAAAGAACGGACAUUGAAAACCUAAUUUUUCUGCAUUUUUGGAGGCGAUUUGCGCGCAAGGGGUGGAGUGUUUCUGGUCCUGCGCUCUUUUAGCACUGUCUGUUAGUUUAGUGCUGUCUGUCUACGCGUUUUUGACUUGUGAUAGGCUAUUCAUCGGGAGAGCCCCGGUGUUGGAUCUGCUGGUGUACGGACACAAUUCGACCAUCACUGAUUUAUUGACCAACUGCGUUGAUUUAGGCAGUAGGUGGCAACCUCAGGUCACGUGAUGGCGCUGACAGUGAACCUGAUUGGUCCGUCUCCAUGGGGGUUUAGAAUAUACGGAGGAAGGGACUUCAAGAAGGCGAUAACCAUUUCCAAGGUCAACGGGGGCAGCAAAGCCGAGCUGGCUGCCCUACAGCCUGGUGAUGUCAUCCUGGAGAUCAAUGGAGAGAACACAGUGGACAUGCUCAAUGUGGAGGCCCAGAACAAGAUCAAAAACUCCAAGACUCAACUGCAGCUGCUGGUGGAGAGGCCUGAGCCCCCCAGCCCUGAACAGACCAAUGGAACUACCACCCCAGAAAAGCUCACUGGACGCUUCCAGGAAGCGGUGCUGGUGAGUCGAGAUGAGAACCAGAACUACAGAGCGUACUCUAUCUCCAGCCCAGCCUCCCUGUCACCUGGACCCUACUCACCUGAGCCCCCUUCCAGCCCCGAGGGGAAGAGAGAGAGCACCAAGAGCAUCCAGCUGUGUUCGUGGUCUCCAGAAGAGAAGACGUCUAGUUACAAGCUGUCCAGACCACUGUCGCAGGAGUUAUCCUCUUCAGACUUCAGGAGUAACUCUGUGUCCAGUCGAACGCCCACCCCUCCAGGAUGCUACUCGCCCAAUAGCCCUGUCGACUGCGAGCUGUCUGUCUCCCCCAGGCGCAGUUCCAGCUCUGACUUUACCAUGCAGAGGUUUGACCGGGAUUCAGAGGUCUACAAGAUGAUCCAGGAGAACAAGGAGUCUCGCACGGCUCCUCGACAGUCCAACACCUUCCGCAUGCUGCAGGAGGUUCUGGAGGCCGAUGAGAAGGAGGCAGCUGUGCGGUUCCCAGGGCUCUCCCCCAAAACCACCCCCCCAAAACCAACAUCUCCCGGGGGUGGAGUCCCCAAGUACCACACCUGUGAGAAGUGUGGCAUCAGCAUUGUCACACAGGCGGUGCGCAUCAUGGACGACCGCUUCCGCCACCCAGAGUGCUACACCUGUUCUACACCAGAGUGCGGUCUCAACCUGAAGAUGCGAGGUCACUUCUGGGUGGGAGAGGAGAUGUUCUGUGAGAAGCAUGCCCACGAGAAUUACCAGGGCCUGGGCACUGCCCCACGUGCCACCAUCUCGCCCCGCCACUGAGGCUCCGUGACACCAAGCUUCCCCUCCCCUGGACCUCUGAGGGCUGGCACCCCACCUCUUACUGACUCACAGCGAUAGACCAUGGGCUAGGGAACAGGAGUGGGAGCUUCAGAUGUUGCAGCAUUUCUAUAGCAUUUAACUAUACUCUGCAG